AUGGGCGAUCUAAUCAGCACUUGUGUUGCCCGCCUAAGGGAGUUCCAGUUGUCCUGGGAGCCCAAGGAAUACGAUAAAAUUGACCUGGCCUUGUUUAUUUUGGAGAUGAUGGCCAUCGGUUAUGGGAUGUUUACAUACUUAAUGUUGAUGAUUCUGGUGCUACGAACACGACUCAUAAACGUGCUCACAAAGACUGUGAUUGUGAAUAAAUGGAUUAGUUUCAAUGGCUAUUUGACAAGCAGGUAAGGGGAAGAGAGUUGGCAGGACCGUGGAAACUUUUUAUACAGCCGUGGAACUUUUUAUACAGAAUAAAUCCAAUAACUGUAUUUGACACUUACUAUGUAUAACAUAUUUUUGGUAUCAAACAAAAUGGGGUUGUCUGAGGAUUCAGGGAAAAAAAUAAUUUUGAGAUUUGGCCAAAAACUAAAGAGGUUAUAGCCAAUUCAAAUCGGGCCACAAAGAUGCCCCACCCUGUACUAAAAAAGGAGUUGCUCAAGGCGAAAACACAGAGGUUCCACAGUUUGCUGAAGACCUUCAAAGCCUUCUAAAAAUGCUGUUUCUUCAGGUUAUUCAUUAUUAUGUUUCCAACGUUGGGUCUUCCGGACGUGAUUCGAAUGAUAUUGCUUCUUGUUUUGUUCAUCACAUUCCAAAGUUACUACACUUCCGUGAUCUAUGUAGCGGUUAUCACACGACUUUGUGUGUCAUUCCCUUUUUUGUUCAGAGGGAUAAGACUUAUCAUCGCUACAGUUCUUGUCAUUCUGGGCGUGUGGCUCUCGGCAAUACUCUUCGUUGGCUGUAUUACUUUGUGUAAGUUUUCGAGGUCGUGAAAAAUUGUAGCGUCGGUUGUGAUUAGUUUUAUUGCAGGUUUAAAUUACCAUUUUUGAUGAGUUUUAUUUCAGACCCGCAGUUUGGCAUGGACAUCUCCGUUUUUCAUUUUUCAGCUAUAAUAACCAGUCUUGCGGUAAGUGGGUCCUUAAAUUAUCAUUUAUUAGAAUAAGGCGUGAGUUGAGACGCUCCGAUUUUCCUAAAACGUGGGGUAAUUUAAGAUUAAUUUAGAUGGAAUUUUUUUUUUUGAAUACAUGUAAAAUACUCCAAAAUAGGAGAUCUAUUCUAGGACCCAAUUAUUCCUUUUAUUUCUUUUUCAAUCGCAUGUCUUGAUGAAAACCGCUCCCGCGUUUGCUUCGUUCGCCGCGUCUUUUCUUUAUUUCUCUGCGCAAAGAAACCUCUUCUCUCUCGCCUCAAUGCCGUACCCAUUUCUUUUCCGAUUGCCUUUCCUGACCCCUUCCUCUCCUCCACGACUCAUAAACUUACCUGGCUGGGAGAGCGGCACGAUCAAGAAGGUGUCGCCUCCACGGUGAGGCCCUCCCAUUGCACUUUGGGGACGGGUUGACCUGUGUGGCAGCUCCGAGUUGGGGUUGGCCAACAGCUAAAUUUUUGCGUUUGGAGUCUCCGGACUCCCUAUAUUUAUAAACUCAGAGAUUUAUCAUUAAGAACAUGCCAUAAAAGCAAGCAUUUUGUAUCCAAUUUAAUUUGACCUUCAGAUUUGUCACAAAAUCCUAAAUCAGAGCUCAUUGGAGUACCGAAUUAAUGCCGUUGGGGAUCUCAAAAGAAAACAUGAGGUGAGCAUUUCAAACAACCAACAAAGACGAUGUUAUUGUUUGCUAUAAUUACAACACGUUUCUCAAAUGCUUUCAGGCGUCGGUGAACAUUAGAAGCGUCCGAAUCCUCUCGAUAGUGAGCGUCGUUACCACAUUUUACACGACAUUCUCGCUCUCACUGAUUUAUGGGAUGAUCUUCUUUGACGUAAAGUGCGACAUAUAUCAUUUUACUGACGUUACGAUAACUGCACAUCUAUUUAAUCUAAACUAGUUUAGAUCGGAAUUCGCUAGCGUGAAGCUCCCACGGAUCAACAAUAUUAUAUUCGAUGUUGUUGAAGGCUCCCUGGCGGCGUAUCUUGUCCUAAAAGAACCUGCCUUGAGGCAUAAUUCCAGGCAGGUUUCUCCAGCAUUUUAUUUGAUCCGACUUCAGGAUCUUCCGUCAUUUUACGUCGGUGAAAAACGUGCUUGGUGUCCAAAUCUACACGGAGAAUAACGCCAACGAUCAUUUCAAUCAGUUGCAGAAACAGUGGAUGAAUUGGACAUGA